UCUUGAGAUAAAAAAAAACUUGAUCAUUUAGCUUUAAAAAAAAUAAUAACAUGCUUCUCUUCAGGUUAAGAAAUUAAUAUCUGAUUAAUAGUUAAUGAAUGUCAGGGUAGGUUAUGUUGACAGUGCAGUGUGAAUAAUCAAGAUCAAAUAGCUCUUAGACCUGAGUGGACUUAUGUUUUGAAAUUGCAUACCUACAUCAUAAUGAGAAAGUAAUGUUCUCAUUUCACCAAUUAAAUAUUUGAACCACAAAGCAAGGAAUCUUUAAAUGCAGACAAAUAUCAAGUAAUUUUUGUGAUUUAUUUUACAAAAAGGAAUGAUACAUCUUCAUUUUCAUUUCUUAGUUGUAAAACAUGUAAAGAGAUUUAAGUUAAUUUGAAACAUGAGAGUUUUGAUACCUGCUGCUGAAAAACCUCUUUACCUAUCCCUUAGUCUGUUGGACCAUUGGGGCACCAUGCAAGAUUUGUUUACCAUCUUUCUCCAUUCCACUAGUCUUUUACCUUAGUUAGAACCUCUUUCAAUGGCAGGCCCAUCUAUUCUUUUAUGUACUUUAUCUUUCCAUCACUUUCUUUCCGCCUCUUCUUCUUUUUCCUGGUACUGUUCCCUGAAGGAAGGUCUUAGCGAGCCUCGAAGACUUUGUAAUAUAGCCAUAGAUUUUUAGCUCAAGUUUUUUUAUGAUAGCAGGUCAUCAUGGGGUCUAAUCGCUGCAGUAUCCCUGCCUCUAAUAUCUUUGUGAUGCGGUUUUAAAUGUGAUACCUAGGAUCCUUCUGUAGAAGCUCAAUUCCAUUGCUAGGAUCCUCCUCUCUAGCUCUGCAGUCAGUGUCCAAGACUCACAAGCAUAUUGUUAUAAACCUGGUGGUGGAACAGAUGGGGGUAGUGGUGUGUGUGUAGUCAGCCGACGCAAAUCGCCCCAGUCCAGCGCAGGACGAGCGGUCAACUGUGACCAGUGACAGUACAUGCUAGUUCGGCAACGACCUGUGUGUAAAUAUUACGCACGCAAGUCACGGCGAUUGUGAUCAUUCUGAGUGGUCAAGAACGUUCCAUCCGAUUCUAGAAGGCCAGUAGAGACAGUAUAUAAGAGCGAGUGUGUCAAUAAGACUGGACUUCACGUUACCUCGCAAUGUGACCAGUACGAGGCGAAGUUAGAAACAGUACGGUGUGUGAAUUCAGGCGGAGCAAGGCUAGGUUUUUGGACAGUUUGUGUAAUAUUGUUGCCAACUGUACAGUGUUGUAUUGUAUUUGAAAUUAAAUUGCUACUUUUACUUUGGAGCCCUGAGUUGUGAGGUUCUUUAAGUUCGUUGUGUCGUGUGGUGCAGUUUGAAGAGAGCCUGGAUAGCGAGAUUCGUAACAAUAUAAAACACUUGCAGGAGUGCAAAGCCCAGAAAUAGACCAUCAUUUAGACAAAUUCUCAUGCACCUUGAGAUUGCCACUGCUGAAUUACUUCGGUUCAGUCGGGAGGACUUUUCUGAAUCUCAAGAAAUUUGGAGGAAAGAGAUUCGUGAAAAUUUCCAAAAAAUGAAAGCUGAAGGUUCCAACUUACCGCAGCUAGAAGAAGAGCUUAUAAAAAGAAGAAAAGAAGGGUUAAGACAUGCACAAGAUGUCAGAGAGCAUUAUGAAAGCAAGUUGGAGCGUGCUAACAAUUUGUAUAUGGAAUUAACAGCUUGUAUGCUGCAACUGGAAAAGAGAGAACAGGAGCUCAUCAAACGAGAACAACUGACUUUGUACAAUAAACAUAGAAAGAGUAUCGUUCGACCAAUCAUAAAAGCUCAAGAAAAGUUAGAUCGACUUGGUAAAAAACGUACACAUAGGUCAGGGUCUGAAGUCACAACGCCCGACUCUAUGAAAAACACAGAAGGGAGCAUGACAACUAGCUCUGAGCUGGUACCUGCGUCUCCUACAAAAAUGCAUGCCAGGAAGUCUCGUCAUCGUCGGAAUAACAGCAGAGGGUCUAUGAAAGACAUUACCUCUGCUCAAAUCUCAAUCUACAUAUGAAGCAUCACUGGACACCCAAACAUCAAACUUAACCCUGCUGGGCUUCAUCCUACUGACCAUGCACCCUAUACUGGGACAUUUAAAUUUUUGAGACCUGCCACUGCAAUCAGGGAGUAUCGAAGUGAAGAUGAAGCUGAUGGCCAAGAGACCAGGUUAACUCAUAUGGAAAACAACAUUAAGAAAUGCCAGGAGUGUUGUUGCAGAAACUCAUCCACUUCUGCCACCAGGCACUCACCAAUCUCAAAACACUCACCUGUAAGUAAACACUUACCAGCAUCAAAACAGAACUCUUCAUCCUAUCAAGACAAUAACAUUAAUGAUGUCUGCUUUGGCUGUGAUGGUGGUUGCAGUGAUGCUACUUGUAGCAGCAAACGCUCAUCCCAGGUCAGUGCAGAUGUGGAGAGCACAUGUGACCUAUCCCCUCUGCCCAGCCCAAAACAGAACUUGGAAACUAUGAGUGAAAAAUCCUCUCUGGAUAUUGACAUCUAAUCCCGACCUGAAACUGGGUCAGGUUCAUGUUCUUGUUCACCAGUUACCUCCCCUGCUGACAUACUGGAGGAUCAAUCAAAUCUGGUGCAAGAAAAAGACUCAAAUGAAAAUUUAAAUUACCCAAUCAGUCAGGAUAUGAGGCGACAGAAGAAUAGAAGCCCCUCCAGAAGGAUUCGUGAAUCUGAUUUGAUGGAGGAAAGGAGUUAUAAAAACAUUAGAGGAUACAAUACGCGAGGAAAUUUAGAGACCAACUGUUUCCAAAGUGGAAUAGAAAAAAGAAAUGAGUCACCAGAGAAGACCAAUACUCCGAAGAAGUUUAGAAAUACAAAGAAAUGUGAUACAGAAACUAGUUCAAGUUCUGAUGAAUGCUCUGACAUGACUGUCUCAUCAACUAUACACAAAACCAGAUCUCUAGAAACUAGUACGCACUGGUAGUAGUUUUUCUCUUAGUUCUAUUUCCUCCAGACAGAAGUCAUCAGUUCUAUCACUUACAAUUAGUCUGUUCAGUUGUUCAGUGAACUGUGCUAGAUAAACAUCAUUUGGACAUCGAUACAGAUGGUUAGACAACCAUUUACAAUGUUUUGUUUGGACAUUCAUCAAGUCGGAUAGACUACCAUUUACGCUGUUUCGUCAUUUGUUUAAAUCAAGCAGUAAACUAGUCCUGUGACGUCAUGGAUUCAAAAUUUCAUUAUAACAAAAACAUCUUAAAACACAAAGACAGCAUCUUUGAAUUGCAUUACUUGGUGAAUGUAACAGUGCAUCAAACCAAUGUUUUCACUGCUCUUGGUCUGAGACCACCAUCAAUUGCACAAAAAGGGAUUUUCAUUUAUCAUUGUGCACCAUCUGUAGAAAUGAGGACCUUUAUGGAAUGCAUUCGUUUAAAUCUGAAUUAAAGUCAUGUAACAAUUAGGAUUUUCAUUAUCACUGAUUGUUGAUCUCAAAUUUAAAAAACUUAACAAUUGACGUCACCACUACAGCAAGUCAGGAGAAACAGAAUUUCUAUGAAAAAUGUCUUAAUUGUAUAUCUUUACACUUAAAUAAAUAAAUUAUUGCUUUAUUAUAGCGCUAAUUUCAUGCCUAUGGCAUCCUCAUAAUGCUAUGGUCCAAUCUCAUUCGUGAUCCAGUGAGGGGGGAGGGGGUAUCUGUGAGAAGGUUUUCUGUGCUGCCUUUAGGCGCUCAGUAAACACAACUAUGCCUUAGUUGAGUGUCGCAUCUCGAGCCCCCUUCAUAGGUAGCCAAGCCAAGUUCAAGCGUACUUAGCUUCUCGACCACGCUUCCCACUUAGAAUAAACUUUAAUUAUAUAUUUUUACACUUAGAAUAAAAGCAUACACUAAAUCAAUGAAUCAAAAGUUGUCAUUUUAUAUCAGAUUUGUCAAUGGUUUAUACAAGUCUAGAAUAACUUUUCAAAGCUAACUCUGAGCCAUUGUUGCAUUGUGUGGAGGAGGAUGAGCAGUAUUUUUUUAAACUUUAUUUUUGUUGUUUUAUGUCCAUUCUAACAGUUCUGUGAACUCAUCCUUUUUAAAACUACCAGCUGUUUCAAUUGAACUAACUACUUACUGGUUAAUAGAUUUUUUUAAAAAAUUACCUUAUUAAUUAUUUUGAUCUAAAUGAGAUUUGAUCAAAGGACAUUAGUACCUUUAGAUUCUAAUUUUGAAAUGUAUUUAGUUAAAUUCUGCUCCAAAUAUUAGUGAUUUUCACACAUUUUUCCAUUUCUCUGGACCUAUUUUUCUAUUUCUAGUAUAAAUAAUCAAUUUGAACAAGUCUAUGUGAAUCUUGUGCAUAUGAAAUUUACCUUCCAAAAUCCCCCUUAACCCCCCUCCCCCGUUUUUUUAUAUAGUUUUAUCAGGGGAGUCAAUAAUAUUUAAACUUCAAUGAGUUACCAAAAUCAUUGUAGAUCAGUUUAAUAAUUAGUACUGUAUCCACUACAUCUGUGGUGAUAUAGUGAUUUUGAAUGGUGGUACUUCAUGUGGGGAUAGAGCCAAUGAUAGAAUCAUCAGAUGUUUGUGAGAACAUUUGGAAAUAAAACUAAGUGGGCCUGUGAAGAAAGGCUUCUAAGUGUAUGAUGCUCAUUUCCUUGCUAUAUAUUUUAAUUUAUUUUUAAAGUGAAUUAACUUUUGCACUAAUGAUUUAUUUCCUUAUGCUAAACUCAGUCUAGCUUCAAUUCAUUGUGAUUGACCUAUAAGUAGGCCAUCUCUAUAGUCACUUUCUCCACUAUGUAGUUUUAUUACUUCUUUCAUCUUAGGGAAUCCUAUUCAAUAUGUCAUUUAUUAAAUGGCUUCACUUCUGAAACAAUUUAUAUGUCUGGUAAUUAUUAAUACCAAAUCUCAGAGAUCAGCUCCAACAGCAGAAAUUAUACCAUCAACAACAUUUUAAUACUAUUAAUAUUUUUAAUUGUAUCAAGUCUUACAACAUUGGCAAGAUGUUACAAAUUAUACAUUCAACAGUGAUGUGCCUGGCUGUCUGAAAUUGCGUGUUUUUAUCUCUCAUUGCACUUUGUUUUAAAAGUUUUUGUACCAGACUCUCCAAUGAGACCAAUUUUUUUUAUACACUAACUUCCUUCUAUUGUCUAAAGACAUUAACUGAUACUUCUAAACAAAGAUAUUUAUUUUCUCUCUUUGUUCACUUUUUUUUCUCUUUCUUUACUUUUGGUAUAUCAUCCUUUUCUUGUUUACAUUUAAGCUAUGGAAUGUGAUAUUUUUCUUUGGGUGUUUCUUUUUCUUUGAUUUAGAAUCAUCUAUUUCUGACAUCAGCACAAUAUUUAGGACAUUCUCCCCUUAUGAGUAUUUUAUUGCUAAGCUCUUUGUUGUGUCUUAACAUUUAGUGCUGAAUUCACUACUUCUAUAGUGAUAUGUCAAAGGACUUUGUUAGGCUUUACUUGUUUACAAUAUCAAAUUAGGCAGAUAAAAGUUUA